ACAUAUGGUCAAUGAUGAUUGGUGUAGUUUAAGUAAAAAUCUUAUCUAAUUUUUAAAUCAUAUGAACGAAGAAAAUGUUAAAAAAUAUUGUUUUGUUUGAUCUAAUCCUAGUCGAAUUUAAAAAAUAAAACGUGUUAGUAAAGGAGAGAGAAGGAGUGAUAUGAUGGCCAUUUCUCAUGGACCAAAGCAAUGCAAAUUGGACCUUAUAAAUAUACAAAUGCUAGGGUUAGGGUUAGUCAUCAAACCCCAUAAAUCUAGCUAUUUCUUUUACGUUUCUUUAUUUUGGUACCUUUCUUAUUUUUAACGAGGAAAAGCUUUUCAGUUUUGUUGGAACCUCUCUUGGACGAUCAUUUCAAAGGAAGUGAGUUGUAAUAAUUAGGGUUUUUUUAUUUUUUUAUUUUUUUGGUCCAAGGGAUGAAGAAAUGUCAAGUAGUGAGGAAAAGUGGAAGAAGAAGCUGUACUUCUUCUUCAACGGCGAUUACCAACGUGAGGUACGGUGAGUGUCAGAAGAAUCACGCCGCGAACAUCGGAGGGUAUGCCGUCGACGGCUGUCGGGAGUUCAUGGCCAGUGACGUUGAAGGGACGACUGGGGCUUUAACGUGUGCCGCUUGUGGUUGUCACCGGAACUUUCACAGAAGAGAAGUGGAAACUGAGGUACUCUGUGAGUAUACCUAAUUAUUUGUUUCUUGUUUUUCAUAUGGUCAUAUCAUCAAAUAGGUAAUGAUAUAGAUGAAUUUAGGCUGAUUAUUUGCUGCUUGAAAUUGUUGUUUUUCAAUUCUUCAAAUGUGGAUGAUUGAAAUAUAUAUAUAUAUAUAUAUAUAUAUAUAUGUAAGUUAUAUAUCAAACUUUAUAAUAGAAUUUAUUUGCUUUCUUCCAGAAA